AUGCCGAUGAAGCGAGUGACGCCGCCGCCCCAGUUCCGCGAUGAGCCUACCAAGGCGGCCGACAACAACAUACAGCACGAGGGUCUGCAUGGAGCUGAAGGACUGUACAAGAUACAGGCGCUGAUCGAACUGAUGGCCAAUCGCGCCCAGACGAACGAGAAUCCAGAGUAUCUGCUUCGUUGCGUUGGACUGGACUCGCAGCAGUUGCAGAACUUGAACAGUAAUAUG